CCUCGAGGUUGAAGCGCUGAAAAAAUUCUUGCUUUGACUCAGUGCUGCACUCGAGGCUGCUCGUCGCGUCACUGUCAUUGGUGGAGGCGGGCUGGGCAAUGCACGAAUCUGAUGUCAGCGUGGUCGACUGGCGUUCCAGGCCCGUCUGUGUUCCGCUCAAGACCAACUCUCAUCCUUAGGGCGAUAGCCAGCGAUAUCUUCCCUGCACUCGAUGCUACAGACGGAUCAUUAGGUGGGCACUGGGUAGUCUAAUGUUCAGCGGAAGUUCUGGCUCGUUGCGGGCAUGGAGGAGCAUCCACAACGACGGCUCAAGUGUCACAUCUCUCUCUGGACCUGGUCAGUCCACUCUGCGCAUGUUCGACAUAUCUACAGGCCACCUUCUCCCCGAACAUCGCCUCCACAACCCUGCCUACGCUCGAACUCACGAAGUACAGUACACAACGAUCACAACAAGGCGGGCUUCUGUCCAGGGGAGCAGGACGCUCUAUGCGCCCACCGAUAGCGACACAGUCAGCUGUAUAGAUAGCCAGUCUGGCGAGGUUGUAUAUCGUCUGUGCGAUCGGUCUCACCAAGCCCAAGGCAGCAUACACUCUCCUCAUAUACCCGGUUUCGUCCUUGACACGCCUAUAACUGCAAAAAUCAAACCAGGAUCUUGUCUGACAUCAGCGGUGCUCAUCCUUGAACUGAAAGGCCCAGUCCAGAUUCUGCCGGGGGUUAACCCCACGCAUAUGUAAGACACCGGACUCGCAGGGACCGGAUAGUUUAUGGCAUUCACACAGAACGGGUCUGCCCGUGUUUUGAGGUAUAACGGACGACCUUUACAGCUGAUGUGGGAAUUUACCAACGGUGCACCGUCACAGACACAUACCGAGUCACAUUUCGCAGGCAGCUUUGACAAGGCCGGCAAAGCUUGCAUUGCGGGAGUAUAUCGGUUACAUGCAAACCGUCUGUGUAUCCGCACUUGUCUCCG